AUGGUCUUCGUGCAAUAUUUUGGAGCUAACGCAUCAGCGCUUUCAAUAACAGCCUUUACAAUUGAAAGAUACAUUGCUAUAUGCCAUCCAAUGAAAGCUCAAAUCAUGUGCACAACAGAACGUGCAAAGAAAAUAAUUAUAGGACUAUGGUGUUUUGCUCUGAUGUAUUGUGCACCUUGGUUAGGUCUCAGUGAAAUUACAUGUGAAAUAAACCUAAAGGGUGAAACGAUGCAAUCCUGUAGUUAUCGACUAGAAAGAAAACAAUACAGGGUAUACUAUAUGAUAGACCUUGUUAUUUUUUAUAUUGUACCGUUGGUAAUCACUGCGGUGUUAUAUUCAUCUAUUGUGCAUAUGUUAUACAAUACAACUAUCUAUUGUUCUCGGCGGAGAAGAUCUAUUGACAAACGAAAACGGACAGCGGUUUCUUCUAGACGCCAGGUAAGCAAUACAAUACUACAAACUACAUCUUCUUAUCGUUAG